CUGAUUUCACAAUGGGCUCCAUCAGUGCAGCAAAUGCAGAAUUUUCUUUUGAUGUAUUCAAAGAGCUGAAAGUCCACCAUGCCAACGAUAACAUCUUGUAUUCGCCCCUGAACAUCAUUGCAGCCUUGGCCAUGGUUUAUCUAGGAACAAGAGGUAACACUGAGUAUCAGAUGGAGAAGGUUCUUCAUUUUGACAAAAUUGCUGGACUUGGAGGAACUAUUCAGACCAAGUGUGGCAAGUCUGUGAAUAUCCACAUACUGUUUAAAGAACUUCUCUCUGAUAUCACUGCACCAAAAGCCAAUUAUUCACUCCACAUUGCCAACAGACUUUAUGCUGAAAAGACCUGUCCAAUCCUACCGAUCUACUUAAAAUGUGUGAAGAAACUGUACAGAGCAGGUCUGGAAAUGGUCAACUUCAAAACAGCAUCAGAUCAAGCCAGACAGCUCAUUAACACCUGGGUGGAAGAUCAGACAAAUGGACAGAUCCAAGAUUUCCUUGAACCAGGCUCUGUUGAUCUUGAUACUGAGCUGGUCCUUGUGAAUGCCGUUUACUUCAAAGGGAUAUGGAAGAAGGCAUUUAAAGAAGAUGACACUCGGGAAUUUCCCUUCAGCGUGACAAAGCAAGAAAGCAGACCUGUGCAAAUGAUGUGUCAGAACAAUACCUUCAAGCUGGCAGCGGUGGCUGCAGACAAAGUGAAGAUCCUGGAGCUUCCGUACACCAGUGGAGAGCUGAGCAUGUUGGUGCUGUUGCCUGAUGAUGUCUCUGGUCUGGAGCAGCUUGAGAACAAAAUCAGCUUUGAAAAACUUACGGAGUGGACCAGUCCUAGUGUGAUGAAAAAAAAGAGAGUGAAUUUGUACCUCCCACACAUGAAGGUUGAGGAAAAAUACAACCUCACAUCUGUCUUAAUGGCCUUGGGUAUGACAGAUCUCUUCAGCCCUUUGGCCAAUCUGUCUGGCAUCUCUUCAGCAGAGAGUCUGAAGUUAUCUGAGGCCAUCCAUGAGGUGUCCAUGGAAGUCAAUGAAGAGGGCACCGAGAUUUCAGGCUCAGCAGAUCUGAUAGAAGACAUUGAUAAUUCCUCUGAGUUUGAAGAGUUUAGGGUUGACCACCCAUUUCUUUACUUGAUCAAACACAAUCCAACCAACAGCAUCCUCUUCUUUGGCAGAUAUCGUUCCCCCUAA